UAUAAGCAAGCCGUCUACAAACAAACCAUGAAGCUGUUCGCAGAACUUGAAAUCAAGAGGAAGGAAAGGGAAGCUAAGGACAUGCAUGAAAGAAAAAGGGCGAGAGAGGAAGAAAUUGAGGCUGCGGAGAAAGCAAAGCGGGAGAGAGAAUGGCAGAAAAACUUUGAGGAAACAAGAGAUGGACGUGUGGACAGUUGGAGGACCUUUCAGGCCAAAGGCAAGAAGAGCAAGGAGAAAAAGAACAGGUCCUUCCUUAAGCCCCCAAAAGUCAAGAUGGAACAGAGGGAAUGAUGUUCUAAAAUUGGGACUUUGUAAAGGAUAAACCUACCGUUAUUUAAAAAAAAAAAAAAAAAACAGUUAAGUUUCCCCUCACUUCUUUGUCUGCAGUCAACGUUACAGUCGUCAUUACACAGUCAUCAAGAAACGUCUUCAUCCUGACCCUCACAAACGUAGUUUUGUACUUGUUUUUCUAAUGUACAUAUUUGUGAUCUGGACCCAGAGAUCAUACCUGCCUCAUGUAAGAAAGAGAAAUGAUGCAUCUUCCACUUAUGUAAACUGAUGACAAAAAUGUGGUCUGUCAUUGUCUUUGCUUUUUGAUCUUUUUUUUCUUAACUAAAUAAAGCUUGGUGUUAACAAGCCUCCGUUAACAGUGGUCUACGAAGCACACGCAAAUUUGCAUUUCUGAUACAUCAGUUCAGAUAUCCUACAGUACAAAUGUAGUUUAACAUCGAAUGUCUUAGCUCUGGAUUUUUUUUAAUGUAUUCAUUACAAAUCUGUCCAUUAAAGACAAACACCUGAAUGGUGUUUAUUGCACAUAAUUUUUAUUAAUGUUGAAUAAAAUCCUUUUACUUAUUCA